GCUCCGUCUCCGGGAGUUGUUGCUGGGCAGGGUAAAGAUGGCGGCUCUGGACAGGGUCAAGGUGCUGGUCCUGGGCGACUCCGGUGUCGGAAAAUCUUCACUCGUUCAUCUGCUGUGCCACAACCAGGUCCUGGGAAACCCGUCCUGGACAGUGGGCUGCUCCGUGGAUGUGCGAAUCCAUGACUACAAAGAAGGGACUCCAGAAGAGAAGACUUACUACAUUGAGCUGUGGGAUGUUGGAGGCUCAGUGGGUAGUGCCACUAGUGUGAAAAGCACACGAGCAGUAUUCUAUAACUUGCUAAACGGGAUAAUUUUAGUGCAUGACUUAACCAACAAAAAAUCGUCCCAGAAUUUGUAUCGCUGGACUUUGGAAGCACUCAACAGAGAUGUCGCUCCAACAGGAGUUCUUGUGACAAAUGGUGACUAUGACCGUGAACAGUUUGCUGAUAACCAGAUUCCACUGCUGGUAAUAGGAACUAAGCUGGAUCAGAUCCCAGAAACUAAGCGGAAUGAAGUUUUGACCAGAACAGCUUUCUUGGCUGAGGAUUUCAAUGCUGAAGAGAUAAAUUUGGAUUGCACCAAUCCUCGCUACCUGGCUGCAGGUUCAUCCAAUGCUGUCAAACUAAGCAGGUUUUUUGAUAAGGUCAUAGAGAAGAGAUACUUCUUAAGAGACGGCAAUCAGAUUCCUGGCUUCUCUGAAAGGAAAAGGUUUGGAGGAGGAACACUGAAGAGCCUUCAUUAUGACUGAACACUGAGGAAGUGGAAGAUGACUUCUCUGAGUUCCUAAUGACAUUCCCAUUCCAACUGGAUGCUCAAAGAUAAUGUUUAUGUCAAGCAGAGUAAAAUAUUACAACUGGCUAGCCUGCUGAAGCUGCUAUUGUUGGAAAAGACUUGGGGAAGGAUUUCCAGAAACCUAAUCUGAAGCCUAGAGUCUUUCUUAGGAUUGCAGGCUGUCCGGAUAUAUGGGAACAAUUGGGGAAAGUGUGCAAUAAGUUGAAUAUCUCUCACUGCUGUGGGAAACUUUAUGCACAGCACGUCUGUGUGAUAUCUUUCUCUCCAUUUUGGGAAACUUACGGACAGUUUUUGCAAUGAAUUGCAUUCAUUUUACCUCUAAAGGAAAGGUGACACUGAGUGGGCUUCACAUUUACUGUAAAGUGAACAACUUGGGUAAGAAACGGUCUGGAAACUAAUGGAAUGCCUUCAUUAAAUGAAUGGUGUUGUCUCACCUGGAACACACUGUUCAUCCUAUUCAAAAGGGAAAAAAGAAAGGCAAUAUAUGAAGAAAAGGUUUGAAGCAUUAAAAAAAGAAAAUCGUUAGCAGAAAAGAAGUGGUGUUAAUUCUGCUGCUUGAAUUAAAAUUGUUUACUUGGAGAGGGCAAAGUGAAUCAGGUUUUUGUCUUUUCAUAAUUGACUGGUCUUGUUCUUUAUAUUAAAUUAAAAAGCAAUGCUUUGAAAACUGAUGGGAAAGGUAUGUUUUUAUACAGUGCUUAUUUGGAACAAAUGUGACGUGGUCUUUCUGAGCCUGAGGGCUAAGUGGAUUCAGAAAACAUGAAAUGUAGGAACAUCCUCUGAAUUAGAAUGGAUAGAAAUUUAGAAGUGAUAUAAAGCUGUGUAAAAAAUAGGUACUGAGCAUGAUUAUAAGGAAAGUUCUGCAAUACAGAUGUUUCCUUUACAUAUUUAGCACUAAGGAUAAAGGAGACUUUACCUGGUCUGAUCUAUUGUGCAAGCUGUUGUCUUCCUAAGUAGCCCAAGCUUUGCAUGGUUUCUCACCUCCCCAGAAUAAUGCGGAGUAGUAAAAGCCUGAUUUAUGUCAAUUUCUACUUUCAGCUCCUUCCUCACAGUCACCUCUAAUGGUUAAGCCUCUGGCAAAGGCUAACUAAGAGCUGGAGCUAGGUAUAAAUAGAGAUUAAUAAUAAAUGGGGAUAGAAGAAAGUAAAAUGCUGGUGUGAAAUUGGCAGGGAGCAGAGUUCUGCAGACUCCAGAUUACCUCUGCCUGCAGCCCUUCUAGCAGCUGCUAGGAAAUAAGUGGAAAACUGCCUAUUGCCACUAAUCAGGCACAAAAGUGACAGCUAGGUGCACCAGUCAGACUAACUAAAAAUAUGGAUACCACGCUUUUCCUUAGGCCAUUUCCAGAAAGGUCUUGGAACAUUUGUAAACAUGAGUGCAGUAAGUUUUUAGAUGCCUGUAUGAAAUGGGUUCCUAGUAUACAUUUAGUUUACAACCAGAAAAAAGAGGGUACCAAAAUAUUAAUAGUAAAUAACCUAUGUUAUGCAGCUCAUGACAGCACCAAUGUCUCUGUAAUCCUUUGACAAUGAAAAUUAUUUUUUCAAGGUCAAGUGCUGUCCUAGGGUAACCAGAUCUGAGCUCUCUCAGGUUCCUAAGGAAUUGCAGAGCAGAACAAGCAAGCUAGCACUAUUUCUUCCCUCACCCUCUGGCUUCUUUAGGGGAAUCUGGAAGUGUUGCAGAGUAAGGGAGGCCAAUUUAGUGUAAAAUGUUGCAUUAAGAGAUGGUUGCAAAGGUCUUCGAUUUGGAGGCGGGGGCUUUCCAAAGUAGCCCUCUUCAAGUAAUCAGAAAGGAAUAUAGCUCAGCAUGCUGUAGAGUGGCCAAAGCCCUGGUUGCAGCUCUCCUGUUUGUAGGUUUUAAAAUAGGCCUCUAGUACAGAUGAAGUAUUUUAUUAGUUUCAAUCUUGGCAGGUAACUACAAUUAGGUAUAUUUUUUCUUUUUAGGACAAGGUGAUGUGUAUUGGAUUCAUGCAUGCUGAUGUUAUAUUUAUUUUUACAGGAAGUCCUAGCUCCUUGUCAGAACCAGGAGUGUGUGAGCAGCCACUUAGAUUCCUUUUUGAAUCUUGCCUGUGUCAGCUGCCCAAAAAAAGUUCACUUCCAAGCUUGGGGCUGUGACACCAGACCUUCCUGUGUCACACUUACUCUGCCCUCUGGUUUCCCCUUUCUUCCUGUUUUUCUCUGUUUCCCUGUGCCAUGCUUUGUCUUUCUUGCUGUACCACUUAAAGUCUCUGUCUCUCUGUUUUCCUGCAUCUCUCCUUCUGUCUGUCUUUGGUGUCUGUCACAGGCACACACAUUUGGCAUCAAAACAUUGUUACUCACUCCCUUUAAAUUCAAGAUACUUGAUCUGUGUUAUUUCCCAGGCAGACAUAUGUACCAGAGGUGUCAGUGAAGAUGGCUCGUGCAGGUACAUGUGAGACGUGUUAGACCUCCCAUGCACAGGCAGGUGAGAUGCAGAGUAAAUAAACAAUGAGCCUCCACUCUUCCCAAGGGGCUCGGCAGAGCUUUCUGGUUGAUCUAUGACCACUUUGGUGACUGGGGGGAUAGUGAGAAGCACAAAUAUGUCCUAAAUACUGAAAGCCCACCAGAUCUGCCCCUCUGGAUUUCCGUGCAGAAAAGUAGGAAACCUGUGUGUACAGUAACCUUACGUUCUUGGGUAAUACAUUUUUGUCCUCAUAGCAGCAGGCUUGCAUGCUCCUUGCAGCCAUCUUUAUCAAAGGUGCCGCUGGCUUUUUAAGGAUGUGAAACCUAUCCAGUAAUGGGGUUUUGGGUGCAACCUUAAUACCAAUUUUCAUUAUUGAUUAUAUUUUCAGAGGCAACUGCAGCAUGCUCCAUUUGUCACAAAUGAGAUAUGAACUGCUGUGUCGUAGCUUGCAGUCAAUAUCGCUCAGGUAUGGUAAAGUCAGGGCUUGAAUUCUCAUUUCUCAGUGGAUAACAAGGUGACAGCUUUCAGUGAUCGAAAACCUGCUUCUGCUUUUCAGCAAAGGGAGCUUAAUCCUUCUAUUUCUUUUGUUAGUCAGCUCUUCCUAUUAGAAGUCAUGUUCCCGUCUCACUUUUGUUAGGAGGUUACUUUGAUUCCUUUAUAGGGUUGAGCAAGUCUGUGACUUAGUACACUAGUUUUCUUCGACAAAAAGCCAUUAUCAAUAUUGAUGAACCUGUCACUGGCUGGCAAGUAACCAGAAAGCUCACAGAGGUAAAGCUUUCCUCAGGGUGUGCUUCGCUGCAGCGCUGUGCGUUAGGUCCUCAGACACACACUGGUUUUGGAAAAGAACACAUAGAUAUCAGGUGGAAGAGGGGAGGGAGAAUAAAACCAGUCCCACUUUUCUUUAAUUUCAAGUGUCCAGUCAAUGCCAAAGCUCUCCUACCUAGUGAGGGCCUGUGACAUGUAGCCAGAAGUAGUAUUCUUAGUAUUAUCCACUUGUGCUACUGUGGGUUUAUUCUAACAUGUGAUCAGUAAGUGGGAAAAACACAUUUCUUUUUGGUACAUGAGGACCCAAUGCAGAAGUUAAAAAAUUGAGUCUUCAUCACUAAUUGUGGUUAUGUGAGCAGUGUAAGGGCUUUCCAGUUGUGCAGGCAAAGCUGCAAUAAACAGUGAUUCUCAGGACCUAAGUCUAAAUGGACCUUUAAAUUAGAUGUAGUUCCCUAACAGUGAGAGUGAUGAUGCCUGGAACAGGUAAUGGAUAAAAGCAGAUUUGUCAGUGUUUGGGGCUUUUCGGGGUAGCAUUAGUAGCAUUCUGAAAGACGUGCCUUAGCACAGCUUUGAGUAAAGUCCCCCAGCAUACUUGUGAGGAAGGUGGUUUAGGUGAUCAGAGCUAUCUGUGGCAGCAAAGAGACUGUGAAAUCUAGCUUUGGCAGUUCAUCUGCUUAGCCAAACCCUGCUGCAAAUACCAUUGGCUACAGAAAUGCGUUUUCUUUUUCCUGCUUUGGCAUUAUAUCACCAAGAUACAGCUUGUGCCCCUCAGGCUUAUCAGUGCACAGAAAUUCUGGUUCCAUACCUCUUGAAAUUGCACAGGGAAAUUUAUUCUCGGCAUACCAGCACAGACUUCUCUCAAAAAGAUGUUGAAUACAAGACAAGCUCAUAAAUAAAAACACAUGCUCAUAAAUAAAAACACAUGCUCUUUCUUAACUAGAUCAACCAAAUGAAGUCUGUGCUGUGUGGGCAAACCAACCAGAAAUUCAGUCAUACUUUUGACUAUGAGGAGCAUGAAGUGAAAUAGUGAGUGAUUAACCCACACACAUCUACGUUCUCUUUGACCUGAAAGUUAAUGUUCACAGAGUGGAAAUGCAGUGCUGGCUUUGAGUUAAAGAUUUAUUAAAGGACAAGGAUGCCCAGUAGCUUUGAAGUCUGGGACUAUGUUCAGAGCUUUUAUCUCGCUGUCUUAUGCCAUCUGCUCUUCCUGAGGCUUGUUCUGCUGUGGCUUAUGUGGGUUUGAUGGCCUGUCCUACCCUUGAAUAAAAGGUCAGAUGGCAAAAUUCAGUUACUGUCCAAAAUUAGCACCCUCUUUAGCUGCUGCACCAGAGUGGAGAAGGAGAGAACAAGGCACUAUGACUAAAUUUUCUUCUGACUCCUAGAAGUGGUGUUUCUGGCCUGAAGGCAGAAGCAUCACAGCAAGGUGAGCAGGUGGCUUCUCCUGCCUCUAUUCAUGCAGCAUCUGUUUUCUGGCAACAAGGAGUGUGUGCUUUCUGCUGCAGAGAACUUUUAUGAUCUUUCCUGCACAAAUAAAUGAUAAUAAUUAACCUGUCUGGCAUCUCCUGCUGGACAGUCCCAGAAAAAUGACAAGGACAUAUUUCAUAAGAGCCACUCUACAGGAAAGUACAUGUUAUUAGAAAGAGCCUUUUUCGACACUUUUGGCAAUGAUAAAAAAAGCAUAAAUAUUAUUGACAAUUUCAAAAAAAUAUUAAAUCCCCUGGUACUAAGUACCCUAUCAGAUAAACAAAGAUAGCUGCUCUAGAGAGCUAUCCCUUUUGGCAGUGUGUAAAGGGUUAAACAGAAAAGAGAUGCAAGUUGGGGAAGCAGAGAUCACAGAGACAGGAGUGAAUGAGGAUAUUAAUAAAUAUGUACAUCAAUGAAUGCAUUUUAGCUGGACAAAGAUAGGCAAGAGAAGAGGUUGGUUCCUUUAAAAACAAGGUGCAUCACUGUGAAAAGCAGCAGGCCAUUGCAGCAGGAGGUUUACAGCUGCCUCAGAAAGGCUCUGUUUCUCAGUGGCCUCUUCAGUACGUUGUGCAUGGGGGCAGAAGAGCUUUACUUCUGGGUCUGGACAGGGACUCACUGCAAGAGGCGAUGGUGAAUUGUGAUCCAGCAGUUGUACUCACUACAGCACAGUGGCAGAUUACAGCCCAUGCUGGGAAGUGCUGUGCUAAGUAUUGACGAGUAUAAGCUGCCUCAGCUUCUCUUUGAAAAGAAAUCUUUUCCAUUCUUUUCCUCAUCCUUCAUUCACCACAGAGAUGUCGAAGACCGGCUGCUAAAUUUUCAAACAAGCCUCUUGGUACUUUCAUUCUGCCACUCUGUCGCAGAUGAGCUCCUUGCACACCUCCAUCAAGAUGCCCAUGAGAACAGUCCACAAGUAAUAAGCUGCUGGUAUGCAGGUACCAUCCAGUUGCAUAUAUAUCAUGUAGCAAGUGCAGUUGCAUUGAUGUCUUAUGCUUUUUUUAUGUAUCUCUUUUGGGUCUUGUUAUGUCUUUCAUCUGGAAUCUCCUUGGAGUAAUGGUGAGGUAAAGCCAUGCACUGGAUAAAAUGUCAUAAACCCAGAAAUGUAGCUGAGAAGACACUGAAUGCUUUUAAUGCUCAUUCUUCCAGGCUUAAUUUGUUGUGUUUAUGACUCAUGUUUAUGCAAUAACAAUUCAUUGUGUUUCUGUGUUUCAUAUUUACAUGAUAACUAAGGCAGUUGCUAAAAUAUUAAUGAAGUACAUCUAUACUUAAUGUUAUAUAGGAUUUAUAUUCAAGAGCUACUGCAACAAACUAAAGGGGUUGUUUAAGCUAAAUCACAGAACCACUGAGGUUGGAAUUGACCUCUGGAUAUCUAGUCCUAGCCACCUCUUUGAGCAGUGUCAGCUGGAACAGGAUGCCCAUGACCAUGUUCAGAUGGGUUUUGAAUAUCUUCACAGUUGGAGAAUACACAGCCUUUCUGUGCAGCCUAUUCCAGUGUUUGACCACCACUUAAUAUUCCCAUUUGUGGCCAAAAAGGAAAGUCCAUAGAACUACAGGGCAGUCAGUGUCACCUUCCUCCCUGAGAAGGGAUGCUUCAAGGCAGCUAAACCUGGAAAACAUUUUCACAUACAUGAAGAACAUGAUGAUAAUUUGGAGUAAUCAGCAUGGAUUUAUGAUUUCCCUCUUAAAUGGUAUGGGCUAGAUCAGAAACACAUUAAGAUUUUUUUUCUGUAUUUCAUUUAAUGUAGAGGUCAAUAAAUGAAGUGUCAAUUUAACAGUA